UUUUUUUAAAAUUCAUUUAACUAUCUAAUUUCAUUCGUGUUGUGAGUUCGGUAUCAUAUAAAUUUACUACUAAAAAGUGUUUUCAGAAUAUACUAAUGGAGUAGUAUUACUCUAUUCGCCUUGUAAUAAAUGGUUAUAUUUAUUAUGAUCAGUUAUUUGUUGAUGGUUUUGUUGAAAGUAAAUAAUGGUGCAGUAGUUGACGUCUAAAUAAAGUCACAGUGAUCUAGUUUUUGGGUUAUUGAAGUAUCAGAAUUUACGUUAACUUACAGUUAGCUGUUUUAACUUAUUUUACGUACAACGUUUUUAAAAUUACGACAUAAAUAGUUCGACUGUGAAAAGCCCUUUCUCAAAAAAAAAGGAGGGGGGGGGGGGGGGGGGGGGGGGGUUUGAUUGUAUUGACAAUCGUGGUGGUAUCGCGGUCCAAAACAUUCCCAUGAGAAACAACACAAAUUCUGAGGUGCGUCGAAUUAUGUGAAUUUAAUAUUAGUGUUAUAAAUUUCAACAUUUGCAUAUCUUUUAUGACAUUAAGGAAAAAAGUCCGCCGGAGAAAGACUAUAGUUUAAUGUUAUAGUGGACGUAUUUUCGUGCAUAAUAUAUGGUACAUGCAACUAGGCAUGGGCGCUCUGAUGCGAUUUUGAUUGGCAUAUUUAUUUAGGAACCAUUCAUUAUUGAUAUAAUUUGGUUCAUUUAUUUUAACUUUUGUUUUGGUUUAGGUAACAAAAUUGAGAAUUGACCAAUAUCUAAAAAUUAGGUCUAAAUUGAUUUUGGUUUGGUUACGGUUUUCCAAAUAAUUUCAGAUAAUAUGGAUAAAAACAUUGAACAAUGAUCAGAUUUAAUAUCAAAUAUUGGAUAAUUCAGAUUAUUUGGAUUGAAAUGUUAUCUAAUUCGGAUAAUUUAACUAUUUUGGAUAAAAAAAAGUUUUUGGUAAUACGGUUAAUAAAUAGUAUUUUAAAGAUAUUUGAUUUUUUUUAAUAACUGAAAAGAUUAGGCACAAAAUCUAUGUUUUAAAAAUCCGGAUACUCAUUUAGUUUUUGGUUUGAUUACAAUUUAUCAGUUUGGUAUUUGUUCGGUUUUUUAUUUCGGAUAACUGUGCAACAAAGGAAUCGGCUGCCUCAGAUUUUCUUGUAAUAUUUUCUAGUGUUAAUAUUUUGUAGUUAUUUCCCCUACAGUCGUUAAUCACAUGCCAAUAAUAUGUUAAUAAUUCGGGCUCCGUAACAUCUUAAUUAAAUUAUUUAUCGACCUUUUAAAAGAAGUUUUAGAUCAUAUAACACAUAUAUGUACGCGGUUAAUUACUAAUCCAUUUUUAGGUUUAUGACCAUAUUAUUAAUCUUACAACAACGAAAUUUAUGAUCCUGGGGUUUUGUUUUCGAUUAGUAAGUAAUGAAUUUGCUGAAAACUCUUUGCCUUGGUCUCCCCUUCUUCACAAGACUAAGUCGAGAGUAUUAUAAGUCUAAAAACAUGUACUUUUUUUGUAAAGUAUAAACUAAUGGCACUAAAAUAACCUUGGAAUAACAACUAAAGAAAGAAUGAGAUCGAGAAAUUCCAAACAAAUCCACUAAAUCCCAAGACAAAAAGAUCCAUAGAAUGCCAACUAAUAUUCCACAAAGUAUCUAACAUAUUCACAUUCUCCUUGAGCAACCCAACCUAAAAGUUAAUCCACAUUCCUUAUUUUUAUCAUUUAUCCCUUAAACCACUCUCACCCCACCUCCAACAAGGUUGGCCCAUGUGCUUAUAUGUGUGUGCGAUCUUGUUCUGUUUUAUUGAAUUUUGGUUACUAUUCUCAUGUAAUACUACAUCUAAAUUGACUGGAGCUUUGACUGGAGCUUAACAGUUGUAGGACUGGCCUAAUUCAUUUAUCUGGAAUUUGUAGGCCCAUAUGAAAGAAAAUAGAGUCUAGCCCAAUUGUCCAUAAUUCUGUAUUCACGUAAAUGAUUCAUGCAUUAACCUGAAUCUCUUCCCUUUUUAUGGCGAGCCCAAAUCUCAAAAGAGAAAAGCUUACAUGAUUUAUUAUGUGUGUGCGUGUAUGUGUGAUCAUUUCUUGAGUGUCAGUCGAGAAAAGGUUACAUGAAUAAAAUUGCGAGUAAUUACUCUGGUUCACACGAAUCACACCUGGCUAAACUACCAGCGUGACCUGAUACGUGCACGUUAUUAUCGAAAUGUACGGUCCAUAUAAACCACCGAUUUAAAUAUUUAUGGUAUUCUUAAUGAUGUUUAAUACGAUUUUGUUAGUUGCGUUUGGUAAACUAACAGAAACACCAUUUAGUUCAAUUUCACGACAAGUGAAAGCUUUUUUAGUUUGUGUAUCUUUAAAUUUUGAUCGUUUUGUUUCGUGGACUUACGAUAUCACGGACCUUUAUCGGCAAUAAACAUGUAGCAACGUUAAGUAUUCUGAUUAACUUUUUUUGUUAAUUAUAAUGUGUUACUUAAAUUUCGGAGUUAGUCAUGUGGAAUAGGACUAAGCACCUUUCUACCAAUUAGUACAUCAUUGCUAUUUUCUACUGUGUGGUGUUAAAUUUUAAUAGAAAACUGCCAUUUGAUCUACACGUUCAUUAUCUCGCAUCUGAUUGCUACAUUUAUUCACAGCUGUUAAUUUGUUUUGACAAAAUGUGUAAGCAAACUCAUAGAAGAUAUAAACUUGAUACCAUUACAAUGAUAGUGACAUAAACCAUGUCUCAUUUCCAAAGAAAAUAUUAGUAAGUUAUUAUAACUGAAUACAUUUUAUAGCGCCAAUUCCUGAUUUUAGUAACCAAGUUAUGAUGAUCAUUUUUGUUCUCUACUCCUUAAUAAAUUGUAUUAGGAAAUGGUCAGUAGCAGUGCAAAUGCUUAACCUAAACUCCCCUUCUAUUGCUUCUUUAUAUAUAUUUUUCUUCAUUAACUUUAACCUUUUUUUCUUCAUUAAUUUGUUAACUUUAACUUGACACUAGAUGCAUGUGUCAAGCUCCCCCCCCCCCCCCCCCCCAUUUUAAAAAGCUAUUUAGAAAUUCAAAUUUAUCUUUAUUUGUGUCUCUUAAUUUCAACUCGAAUAUUACAUUUGAUUUGAUUGGUGAUUUCUUUAACUGUUUAAAAAAAAUUCUUACCACUUUGAAUAAUCAGUCUGACCCAUCUUUUAAAACACGCUUCUUAGCCAUUAUUGAUAUGUUUUUUCCAUUAAUCAUACAUUAACUCUUUAUUAAUUUAGAUUCAUAAAUCUAUAUAUAAGGUCAACAAUAUUAUAAUUAAGCUUACAACACAAAUAAAAAAUAUAUAUAAAAAAACCGACGAUCAUAACCUGUAUUAAGAAAAAUAUAAAUCCAAUAUAAAAUUUAUAUUUUUUUUUUCUAUCCAUCCAUUGGCCAAAAUGAACUUUUCUAACAUGUUCUUGCCAAUUAAAGGCAUUAACUAAAAAAAGUAAACAAAUGGAUCUAUUGGCUACUACAUACAUAGAUGGUGUCGGGACUAGAAGCGAGAUUAAUUUGCAUAGCAAUUCGGAAACAAGUUUCCAAAUAUACACAAAGAAGAAUUCUAUUUCUGGUAAACCUCCUAAAAACAGAACAUAGACAAAGCAAAGAAUACGCAAAGGAAGGCGAGAGGGAGAGAGAAAGAUUAUCUUCUUCUACCAUUUCACAACGAAAGAGACCAAAAACCUCUCGUUUCAAAUGGCGGAAUUGCUGAGAAAAGUAAAAUCUAUGAAGAAGAAGGAUAAGAGCAACACACAAGCUCUAAUCCUGGGCAAAUACGAAAUGGGAAGACUUCUCGGCCACGGAACCUUCGCCAAGGUGUACCUUGCGCGCAACGCAACCACCGGAGAAAGCGUCGCGAUCAAAGUGAUCGACAAAGAGAAAGUCCUCAAAAGCGGUUUGAUCGCACACAUCAAACGCGAGAUCUCCAUCCUCCGCCGCGUCCGCCACCCGAACAUCGUCCAGCUCUUCGAGGUCAUGGCCACCAAGUCCAAGAUCUACUUCGUCAUGGAGUACGUCAGAGGCGGCGAGCUCUUCAACAAAGUCGCCAAAGGGAGGCUUAAAGAAGACAUCGCCCGUAAAUACUUCCAGCAGCUCAUCUCCGCCGUGUCCUUCUGCCACUUCCGCGGCGUUUACCACCGCGACCUCAAACCGGAGAAUCUCCUCCUGGACGAGCACGGGAACCUGAAGGUCUCAGACUUCGGUCUCAGCGCGGUCUCUGAUCAGAUACGACAAGACGGUCUCUUCCACACAUUCUGCGGGACCCCUGCUUACGUGGCACCGGAGGUUCUCGCGAGGAAAGGCUACGACGGAGCUAAGGUGGACAUCUGGUCGUGCGGAGUGAUCCUCUUCGUGUUGAUGGCGGGGUUCCUCCCUUUCCAUGAUCGGAACGUUAUGGCUAUGUACAAGAAGAUUUACAGAGGAGACUUCAGGUGUCCGAGAUGGUUCCCGGUUGAGAUUAACCGGUUAUUGAUUCGAAUGCUCGAGACUAAACCGGAGAGACGGUUUACAAUGCCGCAGAUUAUGGAGACUAGUUGGUUCAAGAAAGGGUUUAAACAUAUUAAGUUCUACGUUGAGGAUGAUCACAAGCUCUCUAGCGCUGACGAUGAUAUUGAGUCGGUCGAAUCGGUGUCCGAACGGUCUUCCACAGUGUCUGAGUCGGAGUUUGAGUCGGUUGACGCUAGGAGAAGAUCAAUGCCGUUGAUGCCUAGACCGGCUAGUUUGAAUGCUUUUGAUCUCAUUUCGUUUUCACCCGGUUUUGAUCUAUCCGGUUUGUUUGAUGAUGAUGAUGGCGAAGGGUCGAGGUUUGUGUCUGGGGCUCCGGUUAACCAGAUUAUAUCAAAGCUGGAGGAGAUUGCGAAGGUUGUGAGCUUUACCGUGAGGAAGAAGGAUUGUAGAAUGAGUCUUGAAGGUUCGAGAGAAGGGAGUGUGAAUGGUCCGUUGACUAUUGCUGCUGAGAUAUUUGAGUUGACUCCAGCUUUGGUUGUUGUUGAGAUGAAGAAGAAGGGUGGUGAUAAAGUGGAGUAUGAUGAGUUUUGUAAUAAGGAAGUGAAACCGAAGUUGCAGAAUUUGAGUGCGGAUAAUGGAGAAGCGGUUUCUGAGUCGCGUUCUUUGCCAGCUUAUAUGCUUUCUAAUACUGAUUAGGAAGAUGAAAAUUGUUUUUUCUUUUUUCUUUUUUAUUUUUUCAACUGGAUUUUUGAAGCUGCUUAUUGGUUUAGGUUUUGGUUCGAGAUUGUGAUCUUCUUGUUCUUUGCUUGGUGUAAGAGACAUCAGACUUUAGAGCUAAAGAGAGUGGUGAGAUAUAUGAGUCUUGAUGUAUAAAGAUCGAAUAAAACACGUUACUUUUUCGCGUAUUGAUCUUUUCGUAUUUUGGUGUGGGGUUGGAAUUGAUGCAUUUUCGAUGUAGAAAUUCAAACGCGUAAACACACAUUUUAAUCAAAAA